AUGAAUCCAUUGAAAUAUAUUCAUAUUCCGUUCGGUGCCGGUCGAACUGGCUCAGCGUUCGAUCCAAUUGAAUUCAUCAAAAAACCUCAAGUUAUCCUCCGGGUUGUUGCUUGGGUUUUCGCCACGAUUGUCUUUGCGUCGAUUGCCCAAGAAGGUUAUGUUAACGGUGUAUGCCGCUAUAAUGAAUCAAAUGCUUGUGGUUAUGGUGUUGCCAUUGGUGUAAUUGCAUUUCUUUUAACUAUUGGUUUCACGGCAUUGGAUGUUUAUUUUCCAAAUAUAUCAAAUAUAAAAACACGACGAACUGCAGUAUUAAGUGAAUUAGGAGCAUCAGGAGCCUUGACAUUCUUUUGGUUUAUUGGUUUCUGUUACAUGACUGAUCAAUGGCGGCAAGAGGAUCAAAAAGAUUUACCUGAAUGGAAUGGUCGAAAUAGUGUUCAAGCAGCGAUUGCAUUCGCCUUCUUCUCAAUUUUAGUUUGGGCUGCAUUAACCUUCUUUGCAUUUCGUCGAUACCGUGAAGGUGUAUCAAAUUUAUUUAGUUCCGGUUAUGAAGAUCAUUCGGGUACUGGCGGACAAACAUACGGUGGUUACCCAUCGACUGGUGGAGUUGGUAGUUUCUCUCAACCACCGUUUACAGCAACUCAACAAUCACAAUCUAGUUAUCAACCACCAACAUAUUAA